GAAAUCAGCUUCUUUCAUUUCUCUUCGCCACCCACCAGUUCCUUCUGUGAAAAGGCCUGUCGUGCCUUUUGCCUCAAUUUCCUUCCUGAAUGACGCCUCCCCGAAGCGAAUUUCCUCCUAUGGAUACUGGCCCGUUCCAUAACGCAUGCAGUUUUCCAGUCGUGGCAAGUGGGAAGACUCGUGUAUCGGGAUUGAGGAGACCAUGGAACAAAGUGGCAGCACUGGGUUUUGGAGUAGCCUUGUCUGCAAUUCCUAUUACACAGAAACAUGAUCCAAGUUUGCUUAGCAAUGAAGCCUUGAUCAGAAGAGCUGUGUCUUUAGUAACUGAUAGUACUGGUACCCUUCUCUCUCAAACAACCUAUGCGUUAAUUGAUGCCCUAACAGAGUAUACAGCGGCAGUUUACACCUUGGUGUCACUGUACCAGAAAUACACACACCUUAUUGGGAAAAUGAAUUCCAGUGAGGAGGAUGCAGUUUGGCAGGUGAUCAUUGGUGCUCGAGUAGAGAUGACUGCAAAGCAGCAAGAGUACCUGAAGUUAGAAUCCAGGUGGAUGACUGCCUUGCGCCUUUCAGAGAUGGCAGCAGAAGCAGCAUACCAAUCAGGUUUUUUCCUGAUGUUCCAUCAAAACCUGGCUUCCUGCAACUUGAACCCAUUAUUCUGUGUCCUGAACUCUGGGAUGAUCGACAUCAUGGCCCUCUGUAUGACAACCUUUCAGCCCAAUGCUCCAGUCUAUCAAGAUCCUUUUGAAUUGUGUCUCUGUCUUCCCAGGUAUUAGCUAUCCCUCCCAAUUUUGUAUCAUCUUCAAAUUUGAUAAGUGUUCCCUGUAUCUCCUCAUCCAAGUCACUAAUAAAAAUGUUGAAGAGCGCUAGGCCCAUCACUGAGCCCUGCGGUAGCCCACUUGUUACCUCCUCCCAGUUUGAGAAGGAACCAUUGAUAAGCAAAUUGAUAAGCAAUGGCACUGAUAGACGUGGGUUUUAUUUGGCUCAAACUGAAGGUCAGUCUUUGGAAAUACCAUUUGAACCAAACCAUGCCAAAAUGAAAUACUUACAGAAGGUAAUGCAUGGGUUCUUUGGAAAGGCAAGUCGCUUUCAGUGGCCAGCUGAAACAUUUGCACACAAGGCACUACCUUCAAGCUACCAUCUUUCAUUUCUUGCUGCCACCUUUGCACACACUUAAAUUAAACAGGCUUAGUGUACACACACAAAUACCUCUUUCCCUCCUUUUCCAUUCCACCAUCAAUGCCAAUCCCUUGCUACAAUUAUAGCCCCACAUGCCAACUAAUUGCUAAAAUAUCACAUCUAUACAUCUCCAAGGAAGAGAAACCUGUCAUAGGAGACUGCUAACUAAUUUUAAUAUUCUGUCUCCCCAAGCUUUAGGGAAGCAUAAAUGUUACAUCAGCUUACUAAACAAAAAAAUCCACACAGUUGGUUUUUUAAAAAAGUUUUUAGUUCCACUCGUAGAUCUUUUCAGCAACUAUCCAUUUGGAUUUCUGGUUUUUGAGGGCACCUUUUCCUUUUUGGAGAACAGUAUGUCAGCCUUGCAAAUAACUCCAGGAAACAUGCCUGUCCAUUAACGUUUCUACUAGCCUGUUCACCUACCAUGUACUUAGGUAAAUAAUUUAUGGCAAUGACAGUCAAAAGGAGGGGGGGGAUUGAGAAGAAUAAAUGCUUUUUCCAAUUUACAAACAUCUCCGUGCCAAUUGCUUGAAGACUAUUCAUACCUAUCACAGGUGGUCAGCCUGUGGCUAUCCACAGGGCUGCAUUGCACAUUUUCUAUUCCCUAUCUCCCUGCAAUCUCGCAAAAUCUUUACUUGCCGCUUAUGUCUUACAUUCAUUCUUCUCUGUUGUCACACGGCAGUUCAAAGUGUGUAAUUUUCCCAAGAAUUAAUUCAGCUUUGGUGGAAAGUGAGUGAGUUGAGGGUUUUUGUAGUACUUCACUGACCAGUAUCCCCCACCUCAAACAGUUUGUUUCCUGCCCAAAUGCCAGUGAAAAACAUGACUAGUGAAAUGUAGCUAUAAAACCCCAACAAAACACAGUAUGGCUACUGGUUAAGUGUGAUGUACACAUACAUGUACUGUGCAAUAUAUACAUUUAUUAUAGCAUGGUGACUAACAGUGUAAAGGCCACUUGAGAGAGGUUAGCACACAGGUUCCCAGAAAAUAAUAUUCAAGGGUUUCUAUCUUAAAAGAGUCUAGCUACUGUGGACCAGUAAAACAGCCCUCUCCAAGCUGGUCCCCUCCAGAUGUUGGACUACAACCCCCCAUCCUUAACCAUUGGUCCCACUGGCUGUGGCUAAUGGGAGUGCCAACAUCUGGAGGGCGUAGAGUUGGAAAGGCUGUUUUGUACUCUGAUCAAGUGCAGUCUCUGACUUUGGAGGACAGCCCAAAACAUCCAUGAUUUUCUACCGAGGGCAAGGCAACUUGCUACUGUAAGGGGAGACCCCACUGGUCUAGCAAUGCUACACACUUUAACCAACCAGUUGGACUGCCAUGGGUCAUCUCCCGUCUCCCUAAGAACUCUGGGAACUGUAGUUUUACGAGCACACCCAAAUCAUUCCCAGGAUCCCUAGCCUGGAAGCCAUGACAGUUGUUAAAAUAGGUUUGAAACUGUAGUGGAGACACGCUUCAGUGGCAGGUUAGAAGACACACCCUGGUUUUAUGCUCAUGUUGUUUUACAAACACGCGCACACACAUUAUGGAACCCAGGGUGGCUAGGUCCCCUAGUGGUCUCAUAAAAAGAGACAGUGGCCCAUGUAGUCCAGCAUCCUGUUCUCACAGUGGCCAACCAGAUGCACCAUGGGAAAUCUGCAAGCCGGACCUGAGUGCAACAGGGCUCCUCCCAUCUGCAAUUCCAAGCAGAGUAUUCAGAGGCAUAUUCCUUCAGUGGCUAGAGAACAUAGAAAUUGUGGCUGGUAGCCUUUGACAGCCUCAUCGCCCAGGUGCCGAACGGGCCCAAGCCUGCUUCGCUUUAUGUGCCUUCAGACCACGCCCUGAAGCCAAUCUUCCCCAUGAACAUUUGAAUUGAUGAUUAAGGCUUUACACCUUCACCACUGUCAAGUUUACAAAGACUGCAGAACCUAUUCCACUAGCUGCUUUACUUCUGACCAUGGUGCUUAAGUAGAGAAAAUACAUACUUCUUAAAAAUGUUUUUCAAGUCGUCUUCCAGCUGAGGUUUUGUUCUCUGCUUGGGAUAACGUUCGAUGAUAAAUCCAACCAAAAUGAAGCACUUCCACUAAUUUCAAGGACAAGAGUCAAGUGCCAAUGUUCAUGGGACUUCACUUUGAAAGGGUCAUGCCCUACCUGGGGCCACUGCUUAAUUUUAAAUCCUGUUCCCAAAACCACUCAGUGAGGCAAGGCAGCUGGUGCGACUGGUAUCGAAAGCAACAGAACCAGAACCAAGACGACGACUCUAGUACACAAGAAGAGCCUGGCCGGAUCAGCCCAAAGACCCAUCAGAGAUGAGGCCACAGGGAAGGGCAUGAAAGCAAGCCCCUCUUCCCGUAUGCCCCCUAGCCACUGCCUCGGAGCAUUGCUAACUUUUGGGGACACCUGUGAACAAUUUUAGGAAAAAAGAAUGAGUGCAAUAAAAUUAUUCUACCGUAAACAGCAUUUUUUAAAAAAGGUAUCUGUUAAUAACAUCCGCUUAAGUCAGCUCCUGUCAAAGUCUCAGCCCCGUUAUUUUAAUGCUCCAGACACAUCAAAAUUAUCCUAUAGUUUCUGAGUUACUGACACGGCACAUCUGAGGCUGUCGUCUUUCAGCAACGUCCACAUGACCCAGAGCUCCGUCGGGUUCAGUUUGUGUAUAAUCAUCAGUUCUUUGUACAGGCAGGGAUCAAAUGGAUUAAAGGGCCUCUGGAUUCCAAAGGUCUUAAAGCCAGGAUGGUGUGUCGGGGUUACCCCCAUUUUGGCCAAGCACAUCCCAACAAAGACGUCGUCUAUAGGGAACAACUCAGUGUCCUCAACCGUCACCUGCAGCCGUUGCACUGUCAGCCGGGACAUGACGUAACCACCGCCGCCAGCGUACUUUGGAUAGAAGGGGGCUGGAUACAUUGACUCUGGGAUGAAAUACUUGGUGUUGGUGUUCCUGAUGGGCCGGGCUUUGCUGAUGACGUCCCCCGCAAAAAGAUCCUUGUCGGGGUCCUGAUGUUUAAGGAACUCCACGAUAUUGUAUGUGUUCACAAAGACGUCAUCGUCUCCUUUCAGCACAAAACGGGCGUGGGGGCAAUCCUCCCCUACCCAGCGAAGGAAAUGCAGCUCCUUCAGAGUCAGGUUGAAGAAGUUGUCCACAAAACCCCACUGGAGGAUGUCGUCGAACUCCAGGCUUUCGUAGACCAAAAGCUGGUAGAGGGAGUGAGACCGAACUUUGACCUCGGAGCGGCCAAGCAGGAACAGCCGCCUCACCAGUUUGCCACCAAUGACGGUUUCCUUCCCCCAUGUGUUCCUGAUGGCCGCACGGCGGUCGAUGUUCACAGAGGCAGACUUGAUAGCCAACAGGAGGAAGGUCUCUGCGUCACAUCUAGAGGGUUUGAGCAAAGUGGAGAAGUUCCGGCAGUGUUUGUAUGCUAAGAAAACACGGUGAACCUCAGGGAGGGAGGUGGAGGAAUUGGCAACAGUGAGGUCUGGCAAGCAUUUGCUUGAUUCCACCUGUUCAGGAACCCUGAUGGUUUGCUUCUGAUUUGGCUUGUGCAGUUCUCUGCUUGCUGAAGACACAACUGACUUGGAGUCUCUCUUUAAGUAUACCAAGCAUGCAAGCAAGAAAGCUGGCAAGAUGUACACUGAGAAUCUUCUUAUCCUGGGCUGCAUCUCAACCACUGCAGGAAGACUGAACACCUGUAUGGUGAAGAGAUCGCCAUUAGGUUGCUUUUCCACAUGCUCCAUAUAAGUUAUGAAAGUGAGUGCACAGUCUAUUCAGUGUGAAAUAUUACGGAAACACGCCUUGACACAAAGAAAUAACCCUGCAACUGAUUACUUGGUCUGUUUCCCCAAUUAUGAAAAUUGUAGUCAAUAAAUAGUAUGAGUUUUAGCCAAUUAACUAAUCAAAUCUGCGCCAAUUUGCAUAUGGAUAAAACUAAUUCUGGAGCAAAAGCACACUCCUCUUUGGUUUUCUAGGUGGUAAGAGGCCAGCAUCAUCUUAGAGGAGGCAGUUCCCUCUUACUGAAGAUAAAAACCUUGGUGCUUGCCGAAUAAAGUUUACAUGUACUGGCAUUUUAAAAAUGAUAUAUAUUUCAAAUCUGCUACAAAUUAAUUGGGGGCCUCUUUGAAGUCAGUUAAAAGUUUUAAAAUAUUUAUUCAUCCAAGGGUUCCCAAAGUGUGCUCCACGGACCACCAGUGGUCUGCAAGCUUCAUUCAGGUGGUCCACGGCAUAUUUGUGAAUUGAAGACGGGCGAGGGUACAUCCAGUGCAUGAAAUGCUCACAUUGAUGUCAUUUUUAUUGCUUCUUUUAUUGCUUUUAAUUGUAUUGUAUUGUAUUACAA